AUGACUAAAUUGUGGCAUUCGUUUUUUGAUGAAGUCAAUGUUAAAUCCUGGACUAUUUAUCAGUUCCAUAAAAACUGGAUUAAUCUUUACAAAGAUUGUCCUGAGUAUCUAGUAUAUGGAAAGGCCGUAGAUAUACUCGCUAAAAGUCUUCGCUCGAUCGCAAAUAGCAAUUCAGAUAUUAAAAAAGUUGAGAUAGCCAACAAACUUUUAAAGGCAAGUACAUGUAUCUAUAUGGGAAUUGUCGUCCGCAGAAAUCUGUUAGAUAUUUGCGGUUCUCCACAACAAGGAAGUAGUCGUUCUUCUGAUGAUCUUAACGUCGGACAAAAAAGAAGUUACAAGAAUGACGAGAAUGAGGAAUCAGUGACCCCAACGAAAAAGUUAUCGGUUGACAAUGACGACACCUCUUCGAAAAAUGAUAAACAUGAACAUGACGGACAUCAAGAGACAGAUGAGGAAAUAAUAUCGUCAGAGAGUCCGACCGUUAAAAAACUUAAAGGUCUUGGUGGGAUCGCUCGAUAUAGGAUUGUCUUCUUACCGGAAGAAAAUAAUUGUAAUCCGAUAAAAUCAGCCUUCGUUGAAGAAGAAUGGUUAAAGUUUGAAACAGAUUGGGAAAAAGUUGAAGAGACGAUGGUUGUAAAUGAUGGGGUGGACGGACACAUCGAGAAUUUAUUGAAGAAGUAUGAUGAUGCAAUAAAUAAAGCAACAACUGGAUAUAGUGUUAAUUUGAGCGAAAUCAUCGGCGUUUUCAACGACCUCGCAAUCAAUCCGCUUCAUGAUGGUGAAGUAUCGGAGUACGCGUAUAGAGACAAAAUUGUGAAUCCUCUCAUAGAAAACGUUUUUCUGGACAUAAACGAAAUGAUUCGUGUGAAAACGGGUGAAGUCGAAAAUUCCGAUCGAAAAGUUCAGAAAGAUUCGAGUAGAUUACCAGGAGUACGACGUGCUACUGAUUGGGAGCACGAUGCUUUAUUGGUAAUGAAAGUUAAGAAUAUCGAAUUUCAAAUAGGAUUUGGCGAGGUCGUAGGCAACGCCUGCGAACAUGACGACUCAAAAAUGGAGCGGGACCGAGAAAAAAUUCUUAAAUCAAUGCAACUUGGGCUUUUCCGAUUGCGACAGAUGUUGCGGGAGCAAGGAGCUGAUGAGAAGAAUUUUAAUUGUGCCGAGACGUUUGGGAUUCUUGUUUAUAAAAAGGAUUAUCACUUUUAUUCGAUGCAUUAUGCUGAUGGUCUAUAUUUGGUAGACAAAUUCGAUGAAUUCGCGAUACCCUCUAGCGCAAGUCAAUUGUGCGAAUUGUCAGAAAUUAUAAAAUCAUUGUUUUCGUUUAAG